AUGAUUGAAGAACACACUUGAAUUGGAUACUCAGCAGUUGCAGCAAGCACUGAAGCUCAUGGGACAUCAAUUUCUGAGCUAGCUAACUCUGACGAUUGCAAGCCUAGCUCAUGGGAAUGUGGAAGAUUUGCAAAUUUUCCUCAAGAAGUUAUCAUAAGACUUGAUAAUCGUGUACAAUUGUCAUAUAUAGUGAUCGCGUCAAAACCUGAAAGAAAUAUCCCUGAGGUAGAAAUUCACGUUGGGGAUGGUCUUUAUGGGUCAUUUGUAGACGCUGAAUAUCAUUUAGCUGGAAAAUGCGAAAAUAUAACUCACCAAUUAAAACAAAUCCCAAUCAGAGGGAUUGGAAGCUUCUUGAAAUUUAUUUUUACUAAAAAACCUAGGCCUACCCCAAAUAACCCAAAUGGCCAAAUUGGGUUAGGUACUAUAAAGAUAUGGGCAAGACCUUUGAAUUAUGCAUCAGAUAUCAAUGAAAUAAAUCCUGUCAAAACUCAUAGCGACGACGUCGACAAAAUCCUUAUGUCAAUGGGCGUCCCAUUAGAGCUUUUAUUGUGAUCAAAAGAAGACCAAAACUCAUAUCGUUAUGCACCAAUUGAUGAAGACUCACGAGAAACCAUUUUAGAACUCGACCAACGCCGUAACCAAGCUUAUGAAGAAGAAGACUAUGGAGCCUUAAAGCAGCUCACAAAGGACAUCAAAAGGGUCUUUGACAUCGGAACUCAAAUUUUGCAAUUAAAAAGAGAGCUAAGUGUUGCAAUCGCUAAAGAAGAUUUCGAUGCAGCCUUAGAGCUUAGAGACAGAAUACGUGAGCUCGAAAAAGAUAGAGACUCAAUUGACGCUAUGUAUGAGACCAAACGCUAUCAAAGAAUGAUUUUAAUGGGAAAAGCAUCAGAUGCACAUAUGGCAAUGGUCAAUAAGCUGCUAGAAGAAGAAAGGCUAAGAGCGGAGCUACUAAGACGGCAAAGAGAAGAAGAAGCUGAAAGACAUAGGCUUUAUUUAGAAGAAUUAGAAAGAAAAAGAAGACUCGACGAAAUGAGGAUGAAUAAAAAAGAAGUCCCAUCACCGCCACCUGCUAAAAAGCCGCAGAAAAGGGAACAAAUUGUGGUAGAAGAAGAGCCGUAUGGAUAUAAUGAAGGAGAUAUUGAUUUAGAGCCUUAUUUAAGACCAAGGCUAAAUGAAGCUGGAGGAAAUGUGAGGGUCGCUGAUAUUGAAAUUUUGAAAAGAGCAGAUGUCAGGAAAAUUUUGAGGGUUGUAGGAGUAAGGCUUUGGAGUGCACUGUAUAGUGAUAACUGGAGGCAUAGAGAAGCUGCUAUCAGAGCGUUUUUAGAGUUUUUAGAGUCCCCAUUACUUCCAAAAUACCAGCAAGACACCCGUGCGCUAUUCAGGGCUGCUAUUGAUACUGCAAUGAUUGCCUCUGAUGACCGCGUCAUGCCAAUUUAUCUAUACGGCCUCAAAGUCCUUAUAACAGCCAUGUCUUCCCCCAUUGGUGACACCAAAGUGACUGCAAAAAUGAUAAACGAUGGAAUGCGCAUCUUUAUCCCUAUUUUAUUAGGAAAAGUUUCAGAGCUAAACUACCGCGCCCGUGACAUUUCAAUGCAUACACUAAUAGAGCUAUUCAGACAUCCUAACAUAAAGCAUGGCCCACUGAUAGACUAUAUUAUGUCAAUUACUAACCCAACAGAAGGCCCAGUAGAAAAGCAGCAAUGGAGAAUCAUUUUAGCCAGGCUUGAAAUUUUAUUGCACGUUAUACAAGAAUUAGGGGUUAAAAAUGAUGAGUGGAGCUGAAAAGACGUCUUCCAUAAGCUCUUAGUACCACUAUUAGGGCAUGCGAAUUCUGAUGUAAGACAAACUUGUGUAGAAAUAAUCGUUGCAUUGUAUCAAAAAAUAGGGAUGGAGCUGAGGCUAGAAGUUGAUGCUUUGGGGAGGAAUAUUAAACCUCAGCUGAGUCAGAUCAUUUAUAAGAAAAUGCUGGAGAUUGAUCAAAGCCAAGGAGAAAAACCAAAUAUGGAUGUGAUUGAAGAAACACAUGAAUGGGCUGAACAGACACCGCCUGGGACUGGAAAAGGGAAAAUUAGCUGGAAUAAGCUUAAAGAUAUGAUUACUAAUUUGGCUGAAGAAGAAGCACAGAAGAAAAAGAAAAAAGAAGGGAAUUAA